AUGUUCACCAAGUUGCGGGCUCCCUUCCGUCGGUCGACGACGGAUGAGGCCGGCACCGCCGUCACCCUGCCCUCCCCCGUCGAGGGCUCCAGCAGCGCCCUGCCCGGCGAGAAGAACGUCGAGGCCGGCAUAGCGCCCACCACCGACAGCACCAACACCGACUCCGACGAAGAGCACCCCGAAUCCACCGAGGAUCAGGCCGGUACUCACACCGUCGAGGCCAUCACCGCCACCUGGACCAAGGCGUCUUUGAUUGCCGUCUUCAUCAACAUCUGGUUCCUCUACUUCGUCAACGCCUUCCAAAGCGAAAUCCUGUCCACGCUGGUCCCCUAUCUCACCUCGGCCUGGGACUCGCACUCGCUACUCAAUGUCAUCUAUGUGGUCUCCGACUGCUGCACGGCGGCCAUCUUCAUCCCGCUGGCCAAGUUGAUGGACGUCUGGGGCCGUGCCGAGGGCUUCGCCUUCAUGGCCAUCAUCUCGACGAUGGGACUGAUCAUCAUGGCGGCGUGCAGCAACCUGCCUAGCUUCUGCGCGGGCUACGUGUUUUAUAAUGUCGGCUUCUCGGGCAUCACCUUUUGCGUGGACACCCUGACCGCCGACGCGUCGCAGCUGCGCAACCGAGCGCUGGCUUACGCCUUCACCUCGUCGCCGUACAUCAUUUCCGCCUUUGCAGGUCCCAAGGCCGGUGAGGACGCGCUGGGCAUGAGCAUGCGCUGGGCCUUCGGCGCCUUCGCCAUCAUCUUCCCCGUCGUCGCCGCGCCCCUCUACUGCAUCCUGCGGUACAACACCAACAAGGCCAAGAAGGAGGGCCGCCUCGUCCGCGAGCGCAGCGGCCGCACCCUGACCCAGAACAUCUGGUUUUGGGCCAUGGAGUUCGACGUGGUCGGCGUGAUCCUCUUCUCCGCCGGACUGGUGGUCUUCUUCCUGCCCUUCGACAUCGCCAGCAUGGCGCCGCACGGCUGGAAGACGGGGUACAUCAUCGCGAUGAUCGUGGUGGGGUUCUCGAUGAUCAUCUUCUUCGCGAUCUGGGAGUACUACUUCGCGCGGGUGCCGUUCAUGAAGCUGAAGUACCUGACGGACCGGACGGUGCUGGGCGCGUGCCUGCUGGACGCGACGUACCAGGUGUGCUACUACUGCUGGGACAGCUACUUCACCUCGUUCCUGCAGGUGGUCAACGACCUGUCGGUGGCGGACGCGGGCUACGUGAACAACACCUUCGACGUGGUCUCGGGCGUGCUGCUGCUGUUCAUCGGCUGGCUGAUCUCGCGCACCGGUAAGUUCCGCUGGCUGCUGUACUGGGCCGUGCCCCUGUACAUCUUCGCCCAGGGCUUGAUGAUCUACUUCCGCCGCCCCAACCAGAACGUUGGGUACCUGGUCAUGUGCCAGAUCUUUAUCUCGAUCGGUGGCUCGGUGUUCAUUCUCGUGCAGCAGCUGGCCGUCGAGGCAGCCGUAGACCACCGCCACGUCGCGGCCACCCUGGCGCUGCUGAAUGUCGUCGGCACCGUGGCCGACGGCAUCGGCUCGACCAUCUCCGGCGCCAUCUGGACCAACACCUUCGAGAAGGGCCUGUACAAGUACCUGCCCGCCUCGGCAAUCCCGGACAUCGACGACAUCUACGAGGACAUCGACACCCAGCUGAGCUACCCGGUGGGGAGUGCCGUCCGCACCGCCAUCCAGGAGGCGUACGGCUACGCGCAGACCCGCAUGCUGGCCGUGGGCACGGGGUUGUUCGUGCUGUCGUUCAUCUGGAUGUUCAUGAUCCGCGACAUCGACCUGCGCAAGAAGAAGCAGGUGCACGGUAUGGUGUGGUAGGGUGCAGUACCACACACAACACC